AUGAUCUCCACGGUCCUUAGACGGCGCGUUGUGCCCAGCACGCUCAUCCGCACCACCCAAUACCUGAGAUGUUACGCAUCUUUCCCCCCGCACACCGUCAUCAAGAUGCCCGCCCUGUCGCCUACCAUGACGGCGGGAAAUAUCGGAGCUUGGCAGAAGAAGCCCGGUGACAGCAUCGCCCCCGGUGAUGUCCUGGUCGAGAUCGAGACGGACAAGGCCCAGAUGGACUUUGAGUUCCAGGAGGAGGGUGUCAUCGCCAAGAUCCUCAAGGACGCCGGCGAGAAGGACGUCCCUGUCGGUAACCCCAUUGCCGUUCUCGUCGAGGAGGGCGCCGACGUUUCCGCCUUCGAAAAGUUCACCGCCGCCGACGCCGGUGGUGACGCCGCUAAGCCCGCCCCCAAGGAGGAGUCCAAGAAGGAGUCCGCUCCCGCCCCUGCCCCCGAACCCGAGUCCGUCCCCGAGGACAACACCCCGUCCACCGGUAAGAUCGAGUCCGCCCUCGAGCGUGAGGUCAACGCCACCUUCUCCGCCGUCUCCCUCGCCAAGGAGAAGGGCAUCAACAUCCGCGACGUCAAGGGCACUGGCAAGGGCGGCAAGAUCACCGAGGAGGACGUCAAGAAGGCUUCUUCCUCUCCCUCCGCCGCCGCCGCCUCCUCCGGCCCCGUUGCCUCCUACGAGGACAUCCCCAUCUCCGGCAUGCGCAAGACCAUUGCCUCCCGCCUCCAGGAGUCCACCCAGAACAACCCCCACUUCUACGUCUCCAGCAGCAUCUCCGUCAGCAAGCUCCUCAAGCUCCGCCAGGCCCUGAACAGCACCGCCGACGGCAAGUACAAGCUGUCCGUCAACGACUUCCUCAUCAAGGCCAUCGGCGUCGCCUCCAAGAAGGUCCCCCAGGCCAACUCCAGCUGGCGCGGCGAUGUCAUCCGCCAGCACAACACCGUCGACGUCUCCGUCGCCGUCUCCACCCCCACCGGCCUCAUCACCCCCAUCGUCACCGGCGUCGAGGCCCGCGGCCUGGAGGGCAUCUCCACCGAGGUCAAGAAGCUCGCCAAGCUCGCCCGCGACGGCAAGCUCAAGCCCGAGCAGUACCAGGGCGGCUCCAUCUCCAUCUCCAACAUGGGCAUGAACGACGCCGUCGACAACUUCACCGCCGUCAUCAACCCCCCUCAGUCCACCAUCCUCGCCAUCGGCACCACCAAGAAGGUCGCCGUCCCCUCCUUCACCGAGGACGGCACCACCGGCGUCGAGUGGGACGACCAGAUCACCAUCACCGGCAGCUUCGACCACAAGGUCGUCGACGGCGCCAUCGGUGCCGAGUUCCUCAAGGAGCUGAAGAAGGUCCUCGAGAACCCCCUCGAGCUCCUCCUGUAA